AUGCAGGCGACGCUGGACGAGCACGCGACCAAGAUCGACAUCCACGACCGCAAGCUCAUCGAGCUGGCGGACCAAGUCAAGCUGUUGCAGGAGUCUCUCGCGAUGGCGGACAAGAAACCGUCGUCCCCCAUCAAGCUCGACUCGGGCUUCGAGCGGGACGCGGGCGGCACCGUCAUCAAGAGCAGCGCGGGCAAGAUGGUGGCGAAGUCAGUGGUGGUCGACGCAAUCGCUCCCUGGCUGGCUGAAGCGGGCUUCGCGGACGAGUGGUGGAGUAUCGAGGCUCGCAACCCCAUCUCGCGGAACUACGAUUCGGGUGGCCCCGCAAAGUUGCACAUCAGCGGCAACGAGACAACGAGGCAGGUCAAGAUGGAGAUUCCGGGCCGCAAACUGGACCCACAGGAAGGCCGCCAGGCGACGGCAGUCAAGUGGUGCCAAACGGCGAUCAACAAGUAUUGCUCCUCGAAGAUGGAGCUCGUGGGUGCGAUCGAAUCCGCCGCGGAGCCUAAGGCUGAGCCGCAGUGGUGCCUUUAG